CUUCUUUCACUCGUAUAAAUGCAGAUCUUGAAAGGCUGGCUGCUGAUAGGCUGAAUGGGAGGGGCAUUCUCUGAUGCAGUAGAGACAUAUGACAGCAGUAAAGGCAAAGGCAGCAGCGGCAGUCACACAGCCACCCUAGGUAGCUUCAGUUCCUCUGCAGUAUGUUCAUUAACAGGCAUCAUUCUCCCUGCAGCUGGUGAGACUUCACAGCAGCAGGACUUGGAGACAGCUCUGCAUGUGGCCUUAUUUGAGCUGUAUCCAACUAAAGGAUUAGUUUGUUCUCCUGAAUGCCGAAGAAGUGAUUUUAGUUCUCUGUUCAGAGGCCACCUUCUUGCUCCUUUCCUGUCAGUUUCUUGGAGCUUUUGUCCUUCAUUUCCCCCCAAUCUGUGCUGCAUCAGUAGUUAUCAUUAUGUUGUGCUUGGUUCCCUGGUCGGUGUUCCACCUCUGCUAGGCAGCGGCAGCAUGGAUGGUGCUCUUGUGACGACCUCUACUGAUUCUGUCAGUCCACUGCGGAUGGGCAUGCUGAGUAAUCCUGCUGUAAAUGGGCGAGGACACUGACACCCGGAAAAUCAACCACAGCUUUCUCCGAGACCACAACUAUGUGACUGAAGCUGAUGUAAUUUCCACAGUUGAGUUCAAUCAUACAGGAGAUCUGUUGGCAACAGGGGAUAAGGGGGGUCGAGUUGUUAUUUUCCAAAGAGAACCUGAGCGCAAUGAUGAGCCCUACCAGCAGGGUGAAUACAAUGUUUACAGUACUUUCCAGAGCCAUGAGCCAGAGUUUGAUUACCUUAAAAGUCUGGAGAUAGAAGAAAAGAUCAAUAAAAUCAAAUGGCUUUCAAAACAGAAUGCCGCCCAUUUCCUGCUGACAACCAAUGAUAAAACUGUUAAAUUAUGGAAAGUUAGUGAACGAGACAAGAGACCUGAGGGUUACAACUUAAAAGAUGAGGAAGGCAGGCUGAAAGACCUUAGUACAGUUACAUCUUUACAGGUUCCUGUAUUGAAGCCCACAGAUCUGAUGGUUGAAGUUAGUCCCAGGAGAAUAUUUGCCAAUGCUCACACCUAUCAUAUCAACUCCAUCUCUGUUAACAGUGACUGUGAGACAUAUAUGUCAGCAGAUGACCUCAGGAUUAACCUCUGGCACUUAGCCAUCACAGACAGGAGUUUCAAUAUAGUAGAUAUCAAGCCUGCCAAUAUGGAGGACCUAACAGAAGUGAUUACAGCGGCUGAGUUUCACCCCUACCACUGUAACCUCUUUGUCUACAGCAGUAGCAAAGGAUCCGUUCGGCUUUGCGACAUGAGAGCUUCAGCACUUUGUGACAAGCAUGCAAAAUAUUUUGAGGAACCAGAAGACCCUAAUAAUAGAUCUUUCUUCUCAGAAAUUAUCUCAUCAAUUUCAGAUGUCAAAUUCAGCCAUACUGGUCGCUAUCUUUUAACAAGAGAUUACCUCACAGUCAAAGUAUGGGACCUGAAUAUGGAACAUAAGCCCAUGGAAACAUAUCAGGUUCAUGACUACCUUCGGAGCAAGCUUUGUUCACUUUAUGAAAAUGACUGUAUCUUCGACAAAUUUGAAUGUGCAUGGAAUGGUUCAGACAGUGUGAUUAUGACGGGAGCCUAUAACAACUUUUUCAGAAUGUUUGAUAGAAAUACGAAACGUGAUGUUACACUGGAGGCUUCGCGAGAGAACAGCAAGCCUCGAGCAAUUCUGAAGCCUCGCAGAGUUUCCACUGGUGGCAAGCGUAGAAAGGAUGACAUUAGUGUUGACAGUUUGGACUUUACCAAGAAGAUCUUGCACACAGCAUGGCACCCAAGUGAAAAUAUUAUUGCCAUAGCAGCGACAAACAAUCUGUAUAUAUUCCAGGAUAAGGUGAACUCUGAGAUGCACUAGUUUAUCUAUAUGCCAUCAUACUGAUAAACCAGCCUUUUGAGACAUAAAUCAGAUGGUACCCUUUGAAAGGCAUUUCUAACUCGUGGCAGAGUUUGCCAAGAAAUUACUUCCAUCAUAUUUCUCAUGAUAGCAAGAACUGAUCUCCUAAGAGGCACAGAGGAUGCACUGAUAUUCUGAGCAAACAGAAUGCUGCAUAUUUAAUGCUAUUGUUCACAUAAGUCAUACAGCAUCUUAAUUUCAAAUCAUUUCAUUCUGUUUUUUUUUUUAAUCACAUUUUUAAAACUUUCAGUUGAUGUUGUAAACCUCUCUUUGUUUUGAACUAAAUGGAAUACAUUUGCAGGCAUUCAAAAUGGACUGCUAUUUCCUGUCUGAGGGAUGUACUGGUCUAAACUGCUGUGCGUAAGUAAAUAGGUAUUUUUCUUUACAGCAGGCGAUAACAUCUGACAUUUCCUAUUUCAACAUACCCAAGUUGAAGGAGUUUCACAUCAAAGUCAUCCUUUGUGUUUUUUUCUGACAUCUCUGCUUUCUAAUAAAAUAGUCAAAACUAUUGCAUGUUAAGGUAUAAUUCCCACUCAUAGUUUAAAGCAAGUUACAAGCAGGGUACAAGCUAGAAAAAGUAGCUAAAAAGCACAGGCUUACAGUUAACUCUCUUGUUCUAAAGUUAUCUACAAAAUUGACUCAUUUCUCUUUUCCUGAAAUGUAAAAUUAUUUUCCACUCUGCCUGUUUCUGUAACAGAGGUAAGAUAAUCACAGAAAUAGUGUUAAUAGUUAAUUCCAGCUGAACCUCAUUGUACAGACUACAUCUAUACUGCAGUUAGCAAACCAUUAACAUGAACCUUUGUUACAUCUCAUUAAAUAUUACAGUAUAACUUAUACUUGAUCAAACUUCUCCAGAGUUUAAAACUAUAUAGAAUUACACAUAUUACAACUGCGUUUAUUACACUGCAAAUAUUGUAAAUUACUGUAAGUACUUAUAGGCCUUAAAAUUCACAAUAUUUUGGCUUUGAAUUUGUUUGUUAACUUAAAUGCUGCUUAAUACAACAAUACUAUUGAGUAGAACUGCAUAACUAAUGCUGCCAACUUUCUCAGCUGUAGAAAAUGAAAAGUUCUGUGGUUGUUUACCUUCUGUAAAAAAAUGUUCAUACUGCAAACAAUGUUUUGCCACCUUAAACACAAAGGAGUGCAACUGCUGGAGGAAAAAUUCCUGUGAAAGUUCAUAAAAAUAGUUAGCCACCCCACUUGCUUUUGAACAGCACCUCAAAAUGAAAUAGAGGAAAUAAAUGACAAAGAAAUAUACCACAUACAGUACUUGCAGCUAAUGAAACUAAAGCCUAACUUGUCAGAUCUAAGAUGUAGCUUAAUUGUCUGUAUUGUGUGAAAAAAAAAAGGAUCCAUGGAACCCAAGCCUCACCACAAAGCAGUAUUUUCAACACACUGGUGUUAUAGCAGUAACUCUGAUUAUGACCUUCUCGCAGUACCUUAAUGGAAUAAUGUAUCCAAUUCCCUGAAAUGUAAGAUUAUAAAAUGUGCAAUGUAUUUAUCAUAUGUAUUGACAAAUGUUUAAUAAGAGAUUGCUGAGAACGGAGUUAACUUUACACAUCCAAGUCUACUCCUUUAUCAAGAUGAAGCCUUGAGUACAGCCCAGGAGACCCAUGUCUGAUUAAUGGCACAGGCAUCUAAGGGACCAGGCAGAUGAAGGUAAGCUUGAGAAACUGACUCCAGGUUGUACAUCCUCUCAGGAAGGGAAGUUGCUUGACCUGUAACACAGGUGAGAUGGGGGCAUAUUACCUGCCUGUAGUGGCAAUGCUGGCUUGUGAUGUAGUGAGCAGGGGCUUCCCUGCUAUGUCAGAGAGAUGGGAGAUGUGUGUGACAGCAUACAUGGCUCACGUCUCUGAUGAGGCAGUUAUGGUGAACCUACAAGCAGCUGUCCCAUUUCCCACCUCCCAACUCAUGCAGGUAAGGGAAUGGAUCUGCCACUAUGGCUUUCUGGAUAGGAAUAAAUCUGUUUAAGGGCUCUAAUUUAGCAAUUGUCCACUACGGCUUUCUGGGUAGGAAUGAAUUGUGCUGAAGAGCUCUCAUAUGGCCCAAGAAAACCUGUUUUCUGCUCCCUUAGAAAAAUGGGACAAAUGAGUGCAGGUAUUGGGGCCAUAAAAAAGGUGUUCCAUGGAGGUAGAUGGAGGGGGAUUGGAGAAGAGGAAUAAUAAAAAGACUAUAUUACUUCUAUCACUUCUAGAUUUUAGAAUUUCAUUCUUGACAUGGGACCAGAUGACAUUCCGGGCUGUGUACUACAUGAACUACAAAAUGAACUGGCACCUCACCUAAGUGUCAUG